AUGGAGCGUCGAUAUUGCUUUGAGCUCGAGUAUAAGCACCUGGCGAAGGCAUCUGCCACCGACGUAGGAAGGACCUUCAAUCACUUCAGGAUCGAGGAUGCAGGAGCUAUUUCCGGUGAAGAUGGUCACGCGGACGUGGCAGCAUGA